AUGCCGCAAUUUUCGACCCUCGAUCUGUCGCAUGUGCCAUGCCUUGAACUUCUCAGUGAAGGUUUCUCCAAUCUUCCCAAACUGUUUGAGAUCAACAUCUCUGGUUGUGGAGUAGAACAACUGCUGGACCUUAGUCAUAAUAACUUGACAACCUUCAACAUCACCUUUGGCAAUUGUCCAUCCUUGGAAGGCCUCUACCUCAACAACAAUAAUCUCACUCAGAGUGCUCUCUUCGCAGAUCUGACUUCGUUGCGUCAUUUGCAUUUGCAGUCAAAUGGUAAAUUGGAGCUAACAGAACACACUUUUGAAGCACUCAAGCAUCUGGAGACGCUCGACUUGUCAUACAAUGGUCUCGAAAUUCUAAGUCCCCAUCUUUUCGGCUACAAACAGGUGGACACGCAAGGACUUUAUGAGUACUUGCCAAUGGCUCACAUGCGAUGGCUUAAUCUAAACGGCAAUAAACUCCAGCAGCUGGACUCUAGAACCUUUGAGAAAUUGGCAUUUUUGGAAGAGCUGUGUCUGAGCAACAAUGUAUUGCGUGUGCUUCCCAAAGGCCUGUUUGUUCCUAUACAAAAUCUGAAGGUGCUGGACAUGCGUCACAAUCAAUUGACAGAGAUUAGCAGCGAUAUUCUGAAGAGUCUAAACAACGCCAAGGAUCUGCUUAUCAACUAUAAUCAGCUGACAACUCUGCCCGACUUGAAUGGGACGCUGCCUCAAUUGCAACGAAUGGGCAUUGAUGGGAAUCCGUGGGAACGUGCCUCUUUUGCCCCAUUGGAGCAAUGGCUGAUCGCAAGAAAGAUACAGUAUCUGACAGAUGACUACGAGUUUUAUAGCAGCGAUUAG